GGAAGCUCCCUGAAAUAGAGGCACCGACCACCUUAAAUACCGGGGAGCUCUGCACCUGCCAACGUCAUCAACGGCAAACGGGCAUCUUCACCUCCACAACAAAGACAGCCCGCGAUGGAUUUCUCCGACUUUGAAGUUAUCGACCCAAUCGCCGAGUUUGGCCAUGAGAGCAGCGACGAUGAGGAUGCGCAGCCGCCGUAUGCGAAUCUUCAGGGCGGUCAUCCCCCGUGGCAGGGCCAUGCGGGUAAGCUAGUCGGUGUUGUUGACAUGGGCAGCAAUGGAAUCCGUCUCUCUAUUUCCGACCUUUCGAGCCCAUUGGCUCGUAUGCUUCCUACCGUUUACCAAUAUCGCGCCUCCAUUUCUCUGUACGACUCUCAAUAUGAUCCCGAGACUGGAGAUCAGGUUCCCAUCCCUGACGAUGUCAUCGAGUCUGUCGUUUCAGUCUUGAGUCGGUUCGUUGUUAUUUGCGAGGACUUCCAGUGCAAGAAGGAGAAUAUCCAUGUUAUCGCGACCGAAGCCACCCGCGCUGCCCUCAAUUCGAAGCAGUUCUUGGCUGCUAUCAAAGACAAAACUGAUCUAACAGUUGAGCUUCUACCUAAAGAGGAAGAGGGCCAGAUUGGUGCCCUCGGUAUCGCCAGUGGCUUCUCUGACAUGGAAGGCCUGGUAAUGGACCUUGGCGGUGGCAGCACCCAGAUUACCUGGAUGCUCAGCUCGGGCGGUCAGGUUCGCAUGAGUCCCAAAGGCAGCUUCAGUUUCCCAUAUGGAGCUGCUGCUUUGACGAAGAAGCUCCACGAUCUUCGUGACGGUAAGAAGAAGGAUGAAGCCGAUGCAGCUGUCAAGGCUUUUGAGAAGGAAAUGAUCGCCAACUUCAAGGACGCAUACAACAAUCUGCAGAUCCCCGCCGAGAUGACCGAGAAGGCUGAGAAGGAAGGCGGGUACCGUAUUUAUCUCUCCGGAGGUGGUUUCAGGGGGUGGGGAUAUUUGCUCCUGUACCUGAAUCAGACGGAUGGCAGCUACUAUCCCAUUUCCAUUAUCAAUGGAUACACUGCCAAGCGCAAACAGUUUGAGGACACUGAGGCUCUCAAGCAUGUCGCUCAUGCCGCGAAAGACAUUUUCCGUGUUUCCGAUCGUCGAAGAUCCCAGGUUCCCGCGGUCGCGUUCCUUGUCAAUGUUCUUUCAGAAUCUAUUCCUGGAGGAAUCAAAGAGGCACACUUUUGUCAAGGUGGUGUAAGAGAAGGCUUUCUCUUCCGCCAGCUUUCACCAUCUAUUCGAGCUCAGUCUCCCCUAGAGGUUGCCACAGGCUACUUUGCCCCGGGUUCGCGACAUCUCAUUCAGCAAUUGCUCAAGAACGCAAUCCCGAAACCUUCUAAGAAGAAGGAGUUCCCAGAGGAGUUCGGCGAGCCUGUUGUUGACUCCUUCGCCAAUGCGAUGUAUCUCCACAUGUUCAUGAGUAAGGAGACGGCCUCGACGACGGCGCUGUACUCAACCAGUGUCGGAAACAUGUCUGCGAUCCAUGGUGUUUCGCACCAAGAUCGAGCAAGGUUGGCCUUGAUGCUCGAGUCCAGAUAUGACGGUGAACUUCCUCCUCGUGAGCUAGAGUUCCGUGAGUCACUUCGUGACAUGCUCACGCCUGAGGAAGUCUGGUGGGCAUCAUACCUCGGCAGGGUCGGACAACUCAUCACCGCGCUCUACCCAGCCGGUAAGAUCCACAAGUCGAAGCCACGCGUGGUGUUCACUUCUCAAUGGUCGUACACUUUGGGCAAGAAGAAGAAUAAGGAAGGUCUUCUGCUCACAAUCUCGGUACAGAAGACACACGAUGACCCAGCAAGAACAAAAGAGGCUGUCAAGAAUGCGGCGAGUAAUGUGGAAAAGAUUGGAAAGAAGAAGAACUGGAUUGGAGAUGAUGAGCCUUGGGGAAUGAAGGUUAAGGUCAAGGUUGUGGAGGAGGGUAUUCUCUCUGAGGAGAUGGAGAAGCUGAAAAUGUAGGAUAUCAUGAUUUUUGUUUCGGAAAUUGUGGAAAAGCAUAUUGGGCUUGAUUUUGGGAAUUGUCAAAGGGUACACUGGAAGGCAAAGGAAGGGCAGAAUGUAUGAUGGUACUGAUUAGCUGAUUUGGAACAAAUUGAGUAUGUUUCGUCUUUUG